AUGGACAGUGUGGAAUGCAAGGAGAUGGAGAAUCUGCCUGUUUUAAAGAUGGCUGGCAACCAGGUGACUACACGGGUAUGCUUCGCUGUGGAUGUGGAAGACUUGGGCCCAUCUGACUUUGUACUCGUCACCGGUUCCCCGGUAUCACUCGGUCAAUGGGAUCCUCUUAAGGCAAUGACGCUUACACAGGAUGCCGACAGACCUACUCGUUGGCGUGGUUUCGUGGACACAACGGACGAUCUUGUCCGUUUUCGCUAUUUCGUUGGAUACUUUCUGUGUGGCGAGCAGGGGCAGCGUCUAAUCAUAGAUAAAUGGGAGUCUUUUCUACAUCCGCGUUCGUGUCUUGUCAAAGCGGAGCAGAGGGGUACAGUCUGCAGAGCCAAUCAUGUUGAUCUUUUCGGGUAUUACGCCGGACGUAAAGUUGUCUCGGAAGGAUGGUUGCAAUACGAUGAUGAGAAUCAAAUUCUUCUUCGUCUGCACGGAAAUGCUCUAAAAUUUUACAAAUCAGCCAAAGAACGCAAGAACUGCACGGUUAAAAUAAAUCCAAUGGAUGUGCGGCGUCGUUUGAGAAGCGGCGCUCAAAUAAACUUUAGCUAUGGAGUAGAUGAGGAGGACGAUGAAGAUGAUAACAGUGCGGAACCGUAUCCAAGCCAUUCUUCCAUUUCUGUUGCGGUCCUGUCUGACAAGAACCCAAAAUUCAAAAACCAACCAGAUGUCGGCAUAACAUUCAACAAUAACAAGGACUAUGUCGUUUAUAAGACUCACUCCGUUGCUGUCGAGUUCCUGGCAUUCUAUAUCGAGAUCUUCUCCGAGGAAGGAAAAAGGAUUGGUGCAUGCUACGCGCUCCCAUCAUCUUUAGCCGAUUCAUGUGGCCAGUCGCAACUUCCUUUCAUCAACUCAUCGGGAAGACCGAUAGGACAAAUUACUGUGGAAUAUCUCUUCGUGCGAAAUCUUCGCAAGCCUAUUCCUACCCAAAAUAUGGAGGUUUCAUACAGCAGGCACUGGAAAAAGAGAAACACCAUAGAAGUUGGGCAUCGUGGAGCGGGAAACUCGUUCACAAAGUUCGCCAUGGCACGCGAAAACACCAUCUACUCGCUGAAUACUGCUGCACAACAUGGUGCAGAUUAUGUGGAAUUCGACGUGCAGUUAACGAAGGAUAAGCAACCGUUCGUACGUGCGUUUCCUCUUUUUGAAGAAAGGAUGUUAGCAGCAUCGGGAAGACAUGCUGGGAAAUAG